CUGAACCGUUGGCGGCUGCGCACGGCUUCGUUGUUGCGUACUGCGUGCGUAGCGUCGUGAGAAGCGUUAAUUUGUUGCGCGGGUCGGAAAACGGGAAGAAUUUCCACUUAGCACGUGCGUGUGUGUUUGUGUUGUUUUUGUUGUUGUUGUUUCCCGUUCGUCGUGAUUGUGAUUGUUUUAGAAUUUGAGCUUUGCUAAAGCUUACCCUACGUACCGUACAAGUGUAAUGUUUUAACUUCUUCUGAUCGCGUUUGAUUCAAAGUGCGGAGAGUGUUCCGAUGCGUGUGUGUGUGUGUGUUGUUUUCAUUGAAGCAAACAAGCUUAUGAUGCUUCAUCGGCGAACAGUCGUCUGCUAGAACGAAUUGUUGCAAGUGUGGUGAAUGUUCGUAAAUCCCCCCCCCCCCCCCCAAUGAUCGGUAGUAGAGUGAUUCCUUCAACACAUGCAGGUGUAGAUUGUUUAGUGUAGGAAAAAAAAGUGUGUGCAAAAACACCAUCAGCUCCCGGAUUGUGACACAUCAACGUUCGUUCAACGUGUUUCGUUAAUUGUGAACCCUGCGCGCUUCCGCCCCCUUACACCAUCCGCGCGGAAACUAAACGUCAUCGAACGCCGGCCGAUUGCCCUUUUGUAUGGAUUUAAUUAUCAAUAUUCACGAUGAAUAACAACGAUGAUACGAAGCCAUCGAUAGUUGACGUAGAGAAGGGGCAGCCAGAGAAUGAGCUCGCGAGGCAGGUCGCGGGCUCGCGGCCACGACCAAUCUCGCUGGUGGAGCCAUUUGCGACGGGCGAUGACCAGCUCAACAGUAAGAGCGUGAGCAGCGACCGGUUCAGACUAGUGCUACUGUACGUGCUUCAGCUAACCAGCGUCGGUGCUUCGAUCGCGGCCGUUGUACUCAUCUGGUACUACAUGGGUUGGGAGUUUGGAUUGCCGGCGCUGCUGAUCACCUUGGUCGCGGUGUUCAUCGCCAGCGGCUGGUGGAGAUGGUGGCACAUCGCGUUUGUGACGGCGCCGCGUGAUAUCAAAGCUCUUACGAGGUACAUCAAGCUGCUGGGACUGGUGCGCAAGCACGCGAAGAACAAUGCUACGAUCGGAGACAUCUUUGCGGAGUUUGUGUCGAAGCAGCCGGAAAAGGCAUGUCUCAUAUUCGAGGGACGCAGCUGGACGUUCCGUGAGGUAAACGACUACUCGAAUCGGUUGGCUAACGUGUUCCAUUCGCACGGUUACAAGCAUGGCGAUGUGGUGGGUUUGCUGCAGGAGAACCGGCCCGAAUUUGUCGCCACCUGGCUGGGACUGUCGAAGCUGGGUGUGAUCGUUCCACUGAUCAACCACAACCUGCGCAAGAAUGCGCUCAUGCACAGCGUCACGGUGGCCAACUGUAACGCGCUGAUCUAUGGCGAAGCGUUAGCAGACGCGGUGGCAGAAAUUGCUGACACGCUGCCGUCCGCGGUGGCCCUGUACCAGGUUAAUGAGGUCGCUCAGAAACCGGUUCUCGCUAACGCGAAGGAUUUGACGACGUUGUUGCAGUCCGCCUCGAAGGAGUUGCCGGUGAAUGGUGUAACGAAACCGAACCAUCACGAUAAGCUGAUUUACAUCUACACCUCCGGUACGACCGGGCUUCCGAAGGCGGCCGUUAUUACGCAUUCCAGGUACAUCUUUAUUGCUGCUGCAAUCUCCCUGGUGGCUGGAUUCCGUGCGGACGACACAUUCUACACACCGUUGCCACUGUACCACACUGCCGGUGGUAUGAUGAGCAUCGGGCAGGCGCUACUGUUCGGUGCGACGGUGGUCACCCGGAAGAAGUUUUCCGCUUCACAGUUCUUUGCCGACUGUCAGAAGUAUAACUGCACGAUUGCCCAAUAUAUUGGCGAAAUGUGUCGCUACAUCUUGGCCACACCAGUAUCACCUACCGACAAGGCACAUAAGGUUCGGUUGAUCUUCGGUAACGGGCUGCGACCUCAAAUUUGGCCCCAGUUCGUGGAGCGCUUCAACAUUCCGCGAGUGGCCGAAUUUUACGGCGCUACGGAAGGCAACGCUAACAUAGUAAACAUCGACAACACGGUGGGUGCGAUCGGGUUCGUAUCACGUAUCAUUCCUGCAGUGUAUCCGAUUUCGAUUAUCCGUGCCGAUCCGGCCACGGGUUACAGUGAACCAUUGCGCGGCAAGGACGGUCUGUGCCAGCUCUGCAAACCGAACGAACCUGGACUGUUCAUCGGCAAGAUUAUUCCGAACAAUCCAUCCCGAGCGUUCCUCGGGUACGUCGAUAAGGGUGCAACGGAGAAAAAGAUUGUGCGUGACAUUUUCCGCAAGGGUGAUGCCGCCUUCCUGUCCGGUGAUCUGCUCGUAGCCGACGAGCGGGGCAGUCUGUUCUUCAAGGAUCGCACCGGUGAUACGUACCGCUGGAAGGGUGAAAACGUGUCCACGAGUGAGGUAGAGGCGGAGGUCAGCAAUGCCUGUGGCUAUCGGGACACGGUCGUGUACGGUGUGGAGGUACCGAAUCUGGAGGGCCGUGCCGGUAUGGCCGCCAUACUGGAUCCGGAGCGACAGGUCGAUUUGGAGCAGUUGGCACGCACGCUAAAGGACACGCUGCCGUCGUACGCUCGGCCACAGUUUGUGCGCUUACUGUCGAAGGUGGAUAUGACCGGUACGUUUAAGCUGAAGAAGCUAGACCUGCAGGAGCAAGGGUUCGAUCCGAGCGGCAUCGAGGACUCGGUGUACUACCUAACGACCAAGGGACAGUACGAGCUGCUAACGCCGGAAAUUUAUGAACAGAUCAAGCGCGGUGAAGUACGACUGUAGGGUGCUUACUAGUGUGCAAUGUACAACGAUGGUGCAUUCCACGUUUUUGUUUUGUUUAGUUUACGAAUGUUGUAUAUUGAAGGCUGUUUUUCCGCUUAGAACAACUGUGACAUUUUUUUUCCCCAUUACAAAGUUAACACGGCAACUUAAUGACGGAUUGGAACAGGAGAGUCAAUUUAGCCAGAACAUAGAAGAGAGUGGAGAGCAGUUGAGGUACUAUUUCUGAUAGAUCUAUUUCUAAACGUGGUGACUGAUUAUGUGAACGAUUUUAAUGGAUUUAGUUAUACUGCAACGAGGGACUAUUUGUGAGCGUGACGAUGAUCGAGGACAGAAUGUUAGUUGUAACACGUGAAGCUACAAUGACGAUAACAAUAAACACGGUAUCUACUAAACGAA